AUUUACAGUGCUACGCGACACAUAGCUUAAUUCGAAUUCAUCAGUAAUCUCUUGAUAAUCUUGAAGUUUGUGCCAAAGUUGUUGUCUAAAUGGAGAUUGAAGGCAUCAUAAUUAAACAAAUCAGCUCAGAGAACGCAAUCAAAACAAAAACACUUUCAUUCAGGUUUACCAUUCCUAUCAAGUAAUUGACAACACAAAAUAAAAAUGCAUAACUAUAUAAACCUCUGAUAAACUUUCUCAACAAACACGUCAAGCUUGAUAUUCGGCUUGAAUUUUGCACUAGUCACUGUCUCAUUGACGUAUUCUUCAGAGAGUUAUCGUCUCAUCUAGUGAAAGAAGAACGGACACUUUUACUUCAUCUAGUCGACACAAGUAAUUCAAGUAGGUGGAAUUUGGUUUGACAGUGUGAAAACAGCUUUUGUGAUUACAAAUCUGAUUUGAUAAUAUGAGGUGUCUACUACUCAGUGUAUUACUGUCUGUUCUGGUCAUCAGCAAAUAUAUAUAUAUAUAUGCAUAUAUUUAAAUGUAUACAUAGUUGUAUCUGUCCAGAACAAACUGCAACAUGUGUUACUUCUUACUGUUAAUCACAAGUUUCAUUCUUCUUCAUAUUCAACAAUCCACACAAAACGACUUACAGACUCUUUUGAUGAGGAGAACUUUAAUACAAAGUAAACUAAGAUGGAAUGCAGUAGAUUUGCAGAAGAACAAUGCGACUUUGCUAAAUAUAACGAAAGCAUUACAAGAACGAAUAGAAAAUAUUAAUAUUCAACUGUCACCUGAUGGAUUGUCUAUAAAUGACUAUGCUGCUUGUACAGGAAAACUGUUGGAAGCGGAAACUGGAUUCGGACUUAUGCAGAAUCUUGUGGAAGCUAUUGAGAAAGAAGAGAAUUUCCGAUACAUUGCCAAUGAUAUUGUGAAAAUGAAAGAGUGCUUUCAAAAUAAGAAAAAGAACUAUGAAGGAAUUAUCAAAGGUAAUGGAUGGGAAGCGUGCUCACUUACUCAUCCGGAGCUCCUCCAUGAGGAAAUUGAAGAAAUGACCAACAUGAUAGCUGAGCUGUAUAGUGAAAUCAAAGAACAAGCCGAGACUGUAUUUCGACGGAAAUUAUACACAAGCAGGUCAAAUGAACUGGAGAAAUCGAUAGCUACAGAAUAACUGCGUCCCCGGAAAUCAUCAUUUCUUCUUAUCACUCAAUGACUUGUGAGAUGAUACAGUGUUGAGCGACAAGUUCCGACCUUGAAAACAUUCACAUUUAUUAACUAUUUCUAUCAUUAACAUUGUUGGUAAUUAUUCCAUUCGAAUUGUUCCAUUCUUCUGAAAUAAUGCUGUCUUAAUUCACUGUGUAAUAUUUAACGUUUGAAACAUCAAAGUGUGAAAUGAAAGUAAUAAAAGCAAGAAACUGCGAACAACCACUGCUUUUG